GCUUAAAGCAGAAUAAAUCGAAAAAGGAAAAAGAAAGAAAAAAUAAUAACAGAAUAUUACUGCCAACCAUUAUUCUUCUUCUUAUACCAAUGGCUAAUUCGAAGCCAAAGAAGUUUUUAAUUUUAAAUUUCCAGAGUUUGUCCGCCCUCGUCAUUUUGGGGUUUCUUGUAAACAGCAUCAAUUCACAAGGGACAAUGACGGAACCGCAACAGAGAUCGAAGUUUUGGAGAACCGGUUCCACAGAGACCACGAACCUCAGAAGCAAUCAGCUGGAUUGCCAUGGAAGACACCCGUUGAUUUUGGUCAAGAGAAAGUGCGGCACAUGUUCAGUACAAUACGAAAGAGAAAGCCACCAAAGAAAGCUCGGUAGUGGCAGCAGAGGCAACGUUAGACAUUACCCAGAAAACACGCGUUCGAUCCCAGUUUCCAUUUACCUGCAGUUAUUUCAACAUGGCUACUUCGAGUUCCGAAUCUGUUCUCCCAGUAAUAUCAGCACAGUAGUAGAUGCUGAUUGUUUAAAGACUGACAAACUGAAAAUAAAGGAAACAGGGAAUACCCGAUAUUAUCCCCAAUCUAAAGGCUGGCUUCACAUCCAUUUGGAGCUGUCCCAGGAAAUCCAAUGCAUCCAGUGCGUUCUUCAAUGGAAAUAUAAAACUAGUCGUUGUAGAAGUGGCAGUGAGGGACGUGUUUGUGGUUAUGAAAUGCAGUUUUACAAUUGUGCAGAUAUUGCUUUUGAUAAAUUAAUCCCCAAUAAUGGCGCUGAAGAAGAAGAGACGAAACUCCAAAAUACUAGAAAGAAUGGGAAAAGAAGAAAGAAAAGAAAUGCGUUACGCUUAUCUUCUAAAAUUUGUAAACCAAAUGAGAUAUGCAGGCAACGAAGUGCGCUGCAAUCACAGUUUAGCAAAAACGAUUCCAGUUCAGUUGGGACCAAAAGUAUUUCGGCCCCAUUGCUAAUGUCAGAAAAUUUACUAGCAUCGCACGGAGCUCUUCAUGAGAAUCGAUUAAGUAUGUCUGAGCCUGGCUCCGCAUCAGGGCAUUAUUUAAAUCUAUUGGAACCAAGCGAUUUCAGUGACUACGGAUCAGGUGACGUACAAUCAGGUGACCAUAGGUCAAAUGCGUUUUCUGUUGAACCAUCUACAACUAUUUUGGAUUCACAAAAACUGAAUGCGAUAAAUCAAAUUCGAAAGAAGGGUGAGCGGCAAAAAACUGCAACCGAACCUCCAGGUUCUUUUUCAGAUUCUUUGGUUUCAGAGGAAUUACUUCCCAUCACAGCCCCACCCCAGUUGUCAACAAAAAAUAACUACCCAGGGGCUGAAAAAACAAACAAUUCUCUAGAUAGUCCGAUUGGCAAAACCAAUACAAUGGUUUCAUCGAAAAUAGAUGAGACAAAUAAACAACUCACGGCAACAGAAAAGAUUGAUUUAACAAUAAUUCCAACAACAGCAAUACGACAGCAUUCAACGGGGACGAAUGAUUCCAUUCCUAAACGUUCUGAUACGACGAAAACAAAAGAGGAGAAUAAUUGUACAGAUGGUGAGAAUUGUGCCGUGACGAAGCAUGAAUGCGAAAAAAAAAUUGAAUGUAGCCAAACUCGGAACGGAACUAUACAGUGUGUGACUGUGGAAUCCUGUUCUUUGAUAACAGAUAUUUUUCAGGGAUUACCGCAUUGUAGUGGUCAUCGUAAAAGACUUAGAUGCAGAGGACGUGGUAUCUAUCGUUACAUGAAAGGAAUAUCGUCUUGGUGUGAGAAAACGUGUAGGAAUCAGGGCUGCCAAUUAUCUGUGUGUAACUGCGAUUGUCGACAAAUAAUCUCGUGUGGAGCUAUCGGCCUUUUCAGAAUAGUUCCUGGUUCUACAGUUUGGUGUCAGAUAAACUGUGCUAAUAACUAUUGUCCGACAACACACUGUGGGUGUCAGUAAGGUCUCUUAAUAUGCUCAACAAUUGGCUCGAUUGCCGUUUGCUUCCGUAUUUUCGAUCUAUGUUCUUCAAUUUUUCCUCAUUUGUGUAGGCGAAACGUUACGUUUGAGUGACAUACAGUUAGUGACAAAUACGAAAUCAUUAACAUAACUUUAGUCAAUAUCUCAUAACUAAGUCUGUUACGAAUGACCAUGGAAUUGCAUCUAGAAAGUUCCCAUCCAAGGCACAAGUCCGGGCAAGGUUGUGUAUUGAAGGCCAGCAAUCGCUCAUGCAUAACAAUAUCCUCUCUCCACGUCACCGAUGUUGUCCACGGGAAAAGGCAAAGGGACCGAUACAGCUUGGCACCAAUGACGUCGCAACUCAUUUCUUGGAGCAACGUGAAACAAAGUGUUUUACUUAAGAACAGAACAGAACACAGCCGGUUCGGGAAACGAACCCACAACCUCACGAUUGUAAGCCCGAUGCUCUAAACACUGAGCCAUGCGCCUUCACUGAGUAAAUGCAGUGGUUAUUUUUUUGUAAUAUCUAAAUAGACCCGACCAUAUUGUACGGAGUGUAUAGUUAUGAACCUCAUUCUUGUUUCAAAUAAAUUUAUGAAUUUUUUUUGUUGCUGAAUUUGCUUUAUGCUUCAUUAGAGAAUAAAAAGUAUAUCAUUU